AUGGAAGCGCCUGCCCAGCGUAAUGCCGAUAGAAUUAGCCAACUCCCCAGCGAUGUGAUGCAGCUCAUUCUCACGUUAUUGCCCGUAAAAGAUGCAGCCAAAACAGCCACACUGUCGAGACAAUGGCGGCACAACUGGAGGUCAAACACUCGAUUCGUGUUCGAUAGCGAUUUUGGCGAAAUCUCAAAAGAGGGGGACUAUGAUUCCAAAGCGAAUGCGCUAAUGUUGGAGAUUUACAGAGCUCUGCUGGUUCAUGAUGGACCAGUAACCAAGUUCACGCUUCGAAUUCAUGGAUUAAGGCGGCCUUCUCCUCAUAUCAACCACAUGGUUCACUUCCUCGCCAAGAAAGGUGUCCAGGAACUCACCCUUAGCUUUACUCAUGAUGGAGAUGACGGCAGUGGGCGCGAGAUGCCUUCUGCCUUGUUUUCUGCUCGCGAACUCAGCUCCCUGAUUUUGAAGAAUUGUGGUUUUUCUAGGGCACCAUCCUGGUUUCUGGGAUUCACGAAGCUUACCUAUCUUUGGUUAGUAAGCGUGAAUAUUGACUCUAGCUUUUAUGACGAUUUCCUUCCCAAGUGCCCUCUUCUCGAGCACUUGACACUUGCUGUCCGGGGCUCAAAUGCGAUCGAGUCUGGUGGGAAAGCUGAACUAGUAGCUCCUUCGCUCGAAGUGUUUAAUUCUAAUGUUUGGAAUAUAUGCUUCAAGCAUACCCCUCGUCUUGAAGAGUUCCUUGCCUCAGGUAAUAUCCCCGUCAUGCUUCCUACACUUCUUUGUCAACUGGAAGACCUUCACCUGAACCAAAUCGUACUGUAUUGUUCAUCGCAAGCACGCAUGCUUCUUUGUCUAAUCAGGAGUUCCCCCAACUUGCAGAAGCUUGAAAUUUGGCUCGAUGAUGCCCCCUCCUCCCUUCCGCCAACAGAGUUAAUUGACAGCUUACAGUUGCUGUUGGAAGCGGAAGCAGAGUGCCUUUCUCCUGCGAGUUGUUUUCAGUGCCUUGAAGAGUUUACCAUCCAUGCAUUUACGGGUACACAGGUUGAGUUGGACCUUGUGAGGCUUGCUCUAACUUCUGCCCCGCAACUUCGGACGCUUUCCAUCUAUCCGGAAGUGAAUUCGGACCUCCGAGAGGAUGUCAAAGUCUUGAUGGAGGUGACACGGUAUAAACGUGCAUCCACAAAAGCAGAGGUAAGAUAUGUUUGGAAAGAGCAGGCUGACACUUCUUAGCUUCACACUCUUCAUG